GAACCUUUCCUCCUUCUAUUCUAACCUCCUUGCCAUCUAUAUAGUGGUCGCGACUUUUUUGAACAAUUUUUCUUGCUGUGCAGUAACAUUUUUGUGUCCCUUCGUGAAGAAGACUGUCAGCUAAACUUUUAAAGCGAAGGAAUGCAUGUAAAAAAAAUUAUAGCAUGCAUUGGGACUGUAGCAGCUAUGUCAACUGAGAAACUCCAGGCAAAGGAAUUAGUUCCAUGCCACGAAUGUCAUAUGAAACGACUUCCCAAAGCAAGUGAAUUGCCAUUGUAUGAUAAAAGAGGGGAUCAGAAUAUGGAAUGUGUUCAAGUAGCUGAGAUGUCUUUAGUGUCAGAGAUAUCAAUAAUAAGAAAACAAAUGACUGAUUACAUAGCUUAUUUUGAUAGUUUCCGAAAAAAAGCAUUAAAUGUAUAUGAAACUGGAUUGGCCCACUCCCAAAGUACCUUUGAUUAUCUGAAAAGUGAAGAGAAUAAAAUAUCUCGUGUAAUGCUGAUUGCAUCAGGAGGUUUACUGGGAUUCAUAGCUGCUAGGAGAGGAGGAAUCUUUCGAAAAAUAUUUUAUUCAUCUGCGGGUUCGGCCAUAAUUUUUUCAGCUUUUUAUCCUUCAUUGACCAAAGAAUAUUUAUUAGUCAGCAUAGACUACACUAAAAAUCAAACAAGUUCUAUAUUGGAGAAAUAUGGAGGGUAUGAUACAAAAAAGAUUGCAGAGGAAGCAAAUGCAAAGGUUGAUUAUCUGAAAUCUGUUAUGAUGUAUGAAAGUCUGAUGGCCAAAUUAAAUGAAUUAUUUUAUAGAAGGAAGAAUAUUUUAACAAGUUCCAAUCAAAAAAGCGAGAACCAUUCUGACAAAGCUCCUGAUGAAGAUAUGUACACUACACGAUGACUGUUACUCAGCAUUUGUACUUCAAAAAAAAAAAAAAUUAUUAUUCAUUUAACUAAUUAAGCCUUUUAGUUAAUUUAAUCAUUAUCUGGUGUUUAAGUAGUGAAUAAAUAUUUAUCAUAUGGCAA